UUGGCCGCGCUGGAAUAGGUUCAGUUGGAAGUCGGCAGUCGACAGUCAGUUGUUCAGUAUCCACCGAGCCGUGGUACAGAGUGGAGGUCGUUUCGUCGUUGUCAGCGCAGCGCUGUGUGACGGAUUGGAGUUGAGCGCACUGUAUAGGGCUAACAGUUUAAGUGAAUGUCGUACAGUGGAAAAUUGAUGGAGCUUUGUUUUAAACGAGCAAGUCGUAGACUUUGAAGAGAAAUUUUUGAGGUGUGUUCCUGUCGGAAAGUACCAUCGCUUCGAUUGAAUACAAUUCGCAAAUUCUACCGUUUAUAAAAAGGCUAUUAAAGCGUACAAAAGAGUGCAAAAAAACAGAGCAAAAGAGAAAACAACAAGAAGAAUCCAAUCAAGUGACACAUCAGUUGAAAAAGUAUAAAAGUGUGGCAAACGAUACAGUUUAGAGUGCGAAACAGAAGCUACGCGAAGAAGUGGAGAGAGAGAGAUACGCGACGGUACCGUACAUCAUCAUCACAGUUGGCGCUGGACAAUUUGAGAAGAAAAAGUCGCUGACAUCAAUCAUAGCAGGCCACAAUCACAUCGGUGCGGAUCGCGAAACCGGAUUACCAACUCUCGGAGCGCACUCGGACCGAUAAAAUGAGGCAAAUUAAUGUUGAGACGGAGGACCCGCUGAAACGGAUACAGGAGGAGAUCAACGAGGUGGCCCGCCGCGAGCAGGAACUCCGGCAAGGCCACCGGCUGAACGAUUCCUCCUCGAUGGAUGACUGCCUCUCGUCGGCCAACUCGGACGACUCCGGACUUUCACUCUCGCCCAGCCCCAUCCACUCGCCGUCGGUGUCCAACCUGAAAGACAAGAUCGAAGCGCAGUCCCAGGCAAGCAGCAAUCUACAGCAACAGCUAAACGGUACCCUGAGCACUAACGGCAUCACCACGGCACGGCAGCAGUUCAUGGCGCCGCCGCCCCAAUCAAACUCGUUGACCCGUGCCCGUUCCACGCCGCAGCUCUUCCAAAUUUCUCCGAACCGGCGCUUCAACCCGAACCCGAACCAGCGCGGAAUAAUGCAGAAAUUUAUUGCCUCCCGAGGUCGACUGAACAAACUGCAGCCAUCCGCAGCGGUCGGGGCCACGGCCAACGGUCAGCUUAGUAGUGCCAACGGCAACAGUCUCAACGGCAGCAGCCACGUGAACAAGCAGGAACAACAGCAUCGGUCACCCAUCGAGCUGAACCGAUCGCACAUCAUGCUUCCACCAACGGCCAUCUCCACGCCACCCGUCAUCGAGCGGGACUCCAACGGUCGACCCAUCCGACGGGGCUACAUCCCGGUGGAGGAAAAGAUCCAGAAGGAACUGCGCGACCUAAAGAACCGGGAAAGCGAGCUGAAGCGUUUGCGCAAACAGAAACGGGUCGCAUCGCAGUCCGACCUGCUGGAACUCAACUACGGAAGUGAUUCCGGCGAGGACCUGUCCGACGAAGACAGUGCCGUGUCGAACGUCUACCCACUGUCACGGAAGCUGCGCUCCACCAAAUCUAUUGGCGAGCUUUGCGAAGCUCUGACCAACGCUAGUCUGUCCCCGAGGGAAACGCCAUCGCCACAGUUUGAUAACCGUCCGGGGCGGGGCGGAAACGGAUGUGGAGUCGGCGGCGGCAUGCGUCCGGCCAUGUCCCUGGCCCAGCUGUGCGACCUUGACCCCGAGGAGGCUCCGUCGUCGCACAAACUGAUAGCCAAAUGGGAACACCUGAUCCAACAGAAGCAGCAGCGAUGAAGUUUAUUUUUUGGUCGUUUCGGGUGCUCUGUUUUUCUUCCCUUUCUAUUAAAAAAAAAUGCCUAUAUUUACUUUUAAAACAGAUAAAGUAGCUUAAUCCCACGCAUCGUAUACAGGUGGCAAAUAUGAGUACUAGAGAGCUUGGAGAAGAUUACUUAU